AUGCCCUUUCCCUUCUCUGAGCUCACCACCUUACUCCAACGACUCGAGGAUGUGGAGACACACGAGCCGCCGCUUCUCAAGGACUCCAAGUAUGCUCGGACUAGGGAGAUAAUCGCGAGCUGGUUCAAGUCUCAUCGAAGGGGACUUCUUGAGCUCAGCAUAGACGGCACGGCGGCAUUGUUCUCGGCCCUCUUGCCCGAAUGGCGGACCGAUCGAGUCUACGGCAUCCAAACGCACCGCCUGCAUCGGAUUCUGUGUCGCACUCUGCAACUCGGCCUCUCUCAGAAGAAAGACCUCGAGGCGUAUCGUCAGCCCGGAAACGGCGACCUGGCCCUCUGCUUGGAGAGAGUCAUGGCCUUGGGAGGCACGCAGGCAACCCCCAUCGUCAUGCUCGAGGAAGUCGAUGCAAUGCUCCAAGUCCUCGCUGGUGGCUCUGCAUUCUCCGGACCCGCGAUUCCGAGCCUUCCACCGGGCAGUUCGGAAGUGAGAGACCGGUUACUCGGACACAUCCUGAAGCGCCUGAGGCCCCAAGAGGGCAAGUGGCUCGCCAGGAUGAUCUUGAAGAACUUUUCUCCCCUCCGCAUAGACGAAAACCUGCUGCUGGAAAACUACCACUUUCUGCUGCCGGAUCUCCUUCGAUUCCAGAAGGACUUCACGGCUGCCGCACGACUACUCAAGAAUGAACUACACGAGUAUCCUGAACGCCCCGAUCCGAGAUCGGAAACGCUUCUCCGUAGGCAGGCGGCCGAACGUAUCAGACCCGUUGUUGGAACACAGAUCAGCAGACCGAACUUCUACAAGGCGCGCAGUAUCGAUUCUUGUAGCAAGAUGCUUGAUCGACGGAGCUGGGUUCUCGAACGCAAAUACGAUGGAGAGUACUGCGAGAUACACAUCGACCUGCGCCAGUCACCAGAUCCGGCGAAAUGCAUCAAGAUCUUCUCCAAGAGCGGCAAGGACUCGACAGCAGACAGAGCAGGCGUGCAUCAGACAGUCAUCGACUCUCUACGACUUGGUCAUCGGAAUUGCAGAUUCAGGAAGCAGGCGAUCCUGCUUGGUGAACUUGUCGUCUUCUCAGACGAGCAGGAUGAGAUCUUACCUUUUGAGAAGAUCAGAAAGCACGUCAGCCGAUCUGGACGCUUCAUCGGGACAGAUGAAGACUCACAGGCACAUGCUCACGAGCAUCUCGCAAUCGUUUACUUUGACCUCUUGUUGUUGGACGACGAAGUAGUCAUGAACAAGCCUAUUGAGGAGAGGAGGAUGUGGCUACGAGAGACAUAUCGCAAAAUUCAUGGUCGUGCCAUUGGUUCAGAGUGGAAGAUUGUCGACUUCUCGAGCCCCGAUAAGGCCAGGAAACACCUCUUGGACCAGUUCGCUGCUUCGAAUGCUCGACGUUGCGAGGGCCUGGUGUUGAAGCCCUGCGGCGUCCCAUACCUCGCCUUGGACGCUACAACUUCGUAUCAGCGCAGUUUCAUCAAGCUGAAGGAAGACUACAUACAUGGUCUUGGUGACGAGGCGGACUUCGCGGUCGUCGGCGCUAGCUACGAUGCGCAGCAAGCUGCAACAUCUGGAUUGACGAACAUCAAGUGGACGACGUUUCACCUCGCAUGUCUGACGAACUCCGAGGACGUGCGCAGAGUAGAUGUCAGGCCAAACUUCAAACAUGUUGGGUCAAUCAAGCAGGAGCAUUGCAUUUCUAGAACCAUCCUGCACACCAUCAAUCAAUUGGGUGCCUUCACAGCUCAGCCCUACGAUCGCAACGCAGCACCGCAGAGUUUCGACGUCGAUGCCACACAACCUCUGAAGAUGGAUGUGAUCUUUGAAAAGCCCUUCGUGUUCGAAGUGCUUGGUUCCGGGUUUGAGCAGCCAUCGAACAGCAGCUUCUUCAUGCUCCGGCAUGCCCGAGUGAAGAAGCUUCACGAGGAUCGCACAUGGCGAGAUUGCAUUACGUUCCAGGACUUGCAGGAGCAGGCCAAGACAUCGCGAGCUGCUCCGGAUACCUCUGAAUCUCAGGAGAUCAGAAGAGAACUCGAGAAGCUCGAGCGGAGCUGCAGGAGGAAGUUUGAUCGUGAAAAAUCGGCUACUUCAGGGUCCAGUACUAGGAGGACAGCAACGCCGAGAAGCUCGAUUGCAAGCAUCUCACUGCGGAGGAGUCCCAACAAGCCAGUGAUCCAGCGUACUGUCGCCACGACCCCGACACCGACUGCUCCGGGUGCUGUUCCGGCUACCACGAGCUCUCGUCUGCAGCAAGUCUUCCCUCCCGAGCGACAAGUCUCGAUUGGCAAGCGGACAUCUGACCAGGCUACUGCUUUGGUGGAAAAUCCAGCGAAGAGACCGCGGACAGAGCCUUUAGUGGAACGUGAUUCACGAAUCCCAGCGCCGCUACAAGAGAUCACUAUCAAUACCGAUGCGCGCUCAAGUCGAGAGGGUACGAGAACGAUUCACCAGUCCCAAGCCGUCUCCGAACGCACAAGACAGCUCGUAUCCCUGAUCUGUCCCCGCCAGAAGAACACUUUUUCCCCCGAGCGUCACAUAUCCAAAGCAGCCUGUGAAGGAAGCAGAUGUCCCUUUUCCAACACCGUCGUCUUUCUCACACCCUGCAUCGCACAGACACUCUACAUCACCGAAGACCUCCUCUCCACCCACAACGUCGAAAUCGCCACCGACAUAUCCCACUGGGACCGAGCGGGCUUCUCCCACCCCCCACUCACGGACACCGUCUCGGAGAGCCAAUCACACCCGGGCAUGCGAAAGAUCAUCCUCGUGGAGAGGAAACGCCGCACGGCAGUCCGAGACAUCGUCCACACCAUACAAACAUUGAAUCACGGCCGGUUGCGGGAGCGGAUCGAAGUCUACGAUUGGAGGGUUUUGGAGGAUUGUGCUGCACAUGAUCGCAGUGCGGAUGCUGUCAAGGGGCGGUUUCUCGGUGCUACCAUGUUUGACGAUACCCGGGAGCGUUGUGUCUUUGUCGGUGAGGGUGGAUGA